UAUGAGGAAGAAGCUGGACAUCUAUUUCUCCUCAGACGUCUAGAAUCUAUUCCAUCUUCUCAUCAACAACACACGUUACCAUUCCAAACAACAAAUACGUUGCUAUCAUCAUUGCUGUUAUUAUCACAAUUUUGGUCUCGAGUUUCGUUAUACCGCGAACAUUUCGUAUGAAGACUCCAAUAAUUUCUCGUCUCAAAGUUUCUUUCUGAAAAGUACUACGACUCUGAAUAAUCAAGUCAACGUAUCCACCAGGCUUCAAAGACCUCACGAGAAUAACAGUCCCCUAUUGUAAUUCCAUUGCCUCUAGGAUCACCGAGAGGCAAGGCAGAGUACACAACGACUCCUAAUCAUCUAGACACUUCCUAUCUCCCUACAAACAAUGGCACCACACACAUUCACCACUAGCACCCUUAGCCUCCUCAUGCUGCUCGGCAGCACCCCCAUCUCCCUUUGCCAAGACCGUCCACCACCAUCUCCAGUCGAAUCAGGAGCCAUCCCAUCAUUCACGGCCGUGCCAGGGAACAACACACGCGAGGGGCCCAACGGGCUCCGCAUCGUCGACAGCGACGAGGUAUACCACUACGCGGGCUGCUGGUCCGAGACGACCGAGUUCUCGCCCCACACCCGCGCGCUGGACGGCGUCUACUUGACCGCCAUCGGCCAGAUGCAGGUGAAGCCGUGCAUCGACUACUGCGCCCGCUCGUACAACCACUUCCACCCCGAGACGAAGGGCUGGAAGUACGCCGGCCUCGAGUUCGCCCGCGAGUGCUGGUGCGGCGACAGCCUCUCGCCGAGGAGUCUGCACUUGCAGGAGAGUGCUUGCGAUACUCCCUGUGAUGGUGCCAAUUCAACAGUGUGCGGAGGACACCUUGCUAUCACGUUGUACAAUGCCACAACUCCGGAUACCGGAAGACCAGGCACUGGUACUGGCGAUGAAACCACCGAGCCACCAAAGAGUGCCGCUUCGGGGUCGAAGACGAGCGGCGCUACAUCAACGGGAUCAAAGACAAGUGGUGCUGUAUCGUCGGGGUCAAAGACGAGUGGUGCCGUGUCGACGGGAUCAAAAACAAGUGACGCUUCAGGAUCCAAAACGAGCGACGCCUCAACCUCAAAGCCGGGCAAUGAGGCUGUUGCACAGGCUGUAGGCGUAGGCCUCGUGCUUGUGGCCGUGACUUUUGUUCUCGGUAUGGGUUGCUUGUAAGCGGAGAGAUAAUGUAAGGAAAGGGGUGGGUGAGUGAGAGGUCGGUUUCUGCUGUUUGUUUCUUCCGCCAAGAUCCUAUUUGUCCGAGUCGGUGUUGAAGUCUUGAUAACCUCGGUGGGUGAUGUUACGGAGUCGUUCCUUUCGGAACUAGUUGCCGUGAAGAAAACCUAUGAGACUUGGGGGUGGAAGAGUUAG